CGGUCCGGUCCCCCCCGGCUCCCCUCCGGCCCGGCCCCGGGAUGGGGGGGGCUGUGAGGCUUGACCCCCCGGAUGACGGCCCGCAGGAGCCCGAGGCGGAGGGGGAGACGAGGGGAGGCGGCCACCGCCCUGCUGCCCCCACUAGCCCUCGCCCUGGGCCUCUCUCUGGCCUGCUUCGGCCUCCUUCUGAUGGCUGUCAGUUUGGGGACCCAGGCCGCCUCGCUCCCCCAGGAGACCCUGAUGGAGGAGCAGGAGGAGGAAGAGGAGGAGGAGGAGGAGGAGGCAGAGCAAAUGCGUUCUCAGGGGGGCCCUCCCCAGGGCCCGGCCCCUCCCCUGAAGAGGAGAGCCCGCCCCCCCCGAAGUGCUGCUAAAGGUCGGAAGGCCAGAGCUCGCAAAGUGACCGCAGCCCACUACGAAGUUCAUUCCCGGCCGGGACAGGACGGGGCUCAGGCGGGUGCAGAUGGCACGGUGAGUGGCUGGGUGGAAGCGAAGAUAAACAGCUCCAAUCCUCUGAGCUAUGACCCCCACCAUGGGGAGUUCACAGUCACCAGGCCCGGCCUCUUUUACUUAUAUUGCCAGGUGCACUUUGACGAGGGUCGUGCGGUGUACGUGAAGCUGGAGCUGGUGGUGGACGGCGGGCCGGCGCUGCGCUGCCUGGAGGAGUUCUCGGCCACGGCGGCGGCGGCGGGGCCGGGCCCGGGGGGCGGGCCGGGGGCCGGGGGCUGGGCCGGGCCCGGCCAGCCGGGGCCCCAGGUCCGCCUCUGCCAGCUGGCCGGCCUCCUCGCCCUAAGGCCCGGGGCCAAGAUCCGGGUCCGCAGCCUCCCCCGGGCCAGGCUCAAGCCCGCCCCGUUCCUCACCUACUUCGGACUCUUCCAAGUUCACUGACCCC